AUGAAGACAUAUGCUAGCAUCCUCCUUAUUGCGUUCUUCAUCCAUUGCAUCCAUGAAUGUGUAGCUAAUACGAAUAGCACGAUUGAGCACUACAUUGUGUACAUGGGUCAACACUCGUUGUCGGACUCCAAAACUGUGAUAUCAUCCAAUCAUGAAAUGCUAGCUUCCGUUGUUGGCAGUGUCGACCGCGCUCGGAAAGCCACAAUCCACAACUAUCACAAGAGCUUCAGAGGCUUCUCAGCCAGGCUAACACAAGAACAGGCCGAUGAAAUUGCAAAGAGCGAUUCGGUUGUUUCUGUUUUCAAAAGUAGGCAAUACGAACUCCAGACGACUAGGUCGUGGGAUUUCAUGGGGGCUACUGAUCAUAAUAGCGUAUUCGGCAACUACUCAGUAGAUGAAAACUAUGAAGUGAUCGUCGGACACAUUGAUAGUGGAGUUUGGCCGGAGUCACCUAGUUUCAACCCGAAUGACAUGGGACCGGUACCGAGCAGAUUUAAAGGAAAGUGUGUAACAGGGGAACAAUUUUCAACUUCGAAUUGCAAUAGGAAGUUGAUCGGCGCACGUUACUACCAUGGAGGAUACGAGCAGGCGCACGGUCGUCUCGAUUCAAAUUCAAAGGGCCGUUCCUUCUUCCAAUCAGCCCGCGACGAUCUCGGUCACGGCACCCACACGGCCUCAACAGCUGUCGGCCGCUUCGUAACAGACUCCAACGCGCUAGGCGCCGGCAAAACCGUGCGGGGCGGGGCUCCGAAGGCACGGCUGGCGGUGUACAAGGUCUGCUGGUUCGACAAGUGCGACGGGUCGGACGUCCUGAAAGCCUUCGACGACGCCAUCAGCGACCAGGUCGACGUGAUCACCUUCUCAGUCGGUCAACCCCACGGACCCAGGAAUUACAACUACUUGACCGACGAGCUUUCAAUCGCGGCCUUCCAUGCUUUCUUGAGAGGGAUUCUGACUGUCGCUAGUGCCGGAAACGACGGAGAAAAGGGGCCCUACACCGUUUCCAAUUCUUCGCCGUGGACUCUAACCGUUGCGGCUAGUUCUACUGAUCGGGAAUUUGUCUCCACCGUGCAACUUGGUGAUGGAAACACUUUGCUGCAGGGAUUUGGGCACAACAAAUACCAGAUGAAUGACUUCCGUUAUGUUAUUAAAGGAGGUGAUGCAGCAAGGCCUGGCAUUAGAAGACGAGAUGCUACGUUUUGCAAAAGAAAUGCGCUUGAUACUGGAAUAAUCAACGGGAACGUUGUGGUCUGUUUCAUGGAAAGUCCGGAUGAUAAUAUGCUUGAGAAGUCAUCAGUGGUGAGAGAUGGAGGUGGUGUUGGAAUGAUUGUUGUGGAUCUGCAUAAUAAUUAUGACAAGGGGAAGGGUGAAUAUUAUCCGAUCCCUACCUCUGUGAUCAAUCAAGACGAAGCGGACAAGCUUGGAAACUAUGUAGCUUCAUUUAGGGAUCCCGCUGUGAAGAUAUGGCCGACAGUGGAAACUUACAACUCGGAAGCUCCAAAGAUGGCAUCUUUUUCUUCAAGGGGGCCUGACGCUACAACACCAGAAAUAAUUAAACCUGACAUAACAGCUCCAGGAGUAAGCAUUUUAGCAUCUUGGCUUGCAUAUUCGGGUGCGCCGCCAGAUGCUACCUCUUUCUUCUUCUGUUCUGGCACUUCUAUGGCUGCUCCUCAUGUUUCGGGUGUCGCCGCAAUAAUUAAAGCGUUCAACCUAGGUUGGUCACCAGCAGAAAUAAAAUCCGCAUUAAUAACGACAGCUUUUUCAGUUGACAAUACUGGAAACCCUAUAGAAUCAAACACCAAAAGUGCAACGCCUUUUGACAUGGGAUCUGGGCAUUUGAAUCCAAACGCAGCACUAGAUCCAGGAUUGGUCUAUGACAUGAAUGCAGACGAUAUUCUUUACUUCCUGUGCAGCCGCGACACUCCCAUAUCUGCCCUCCAAUUGCUCUUUGGAACCGUAAAUUGCCCUAACCCCCAAACUGGUGCAUAUGAUCUCAAUUUACCGUCUAUUGGCAUCAACAAUUUGGUUGGUGGAAUAUCAGUGACCCGAAAGGUGACUUACCGCGGAAAUAAUGACGGUCCUAAGGUGUUUAAUGUUCAAAUUGAGAAUCCACAAGGUAUUGAAAUCAAGGUGCAGCCGAGUGUGUUGGAUUUUUCAAGUGGUCAGAAGACUCUGACGUUUAGAGUGGAUGUUAACUCUAGGCAGGCUUUGGACGAUUUUGUUUUUGGGAGCCUAACUUGGUACAACGACAAAUACAGCGUUAGAAGUCCUAUAGCCGUUAGAUCUGUAAACAAUUAGGCCUAGUGUGUUUUUAAUUAUGGUGUUUAAUCUUUGUUGCUUAGGUUAGAGUUUGUUGAGAUUUCGAAAUAUGCAAAUUUGUAAUAAUCUCUUAGUUUUCUUUGAUUUUUGUUUUGUAAUAAGACCGGAUUUGUAUUACUAGCAAGAUAUCUAAUUCCAGCUUUACUC